AUGCACACACCUCUGCAAUCUUGCGUAUUAAGACCAAAGCUGGAUUGUUUGGAGAGGCUGAUUGCAUUGGUACACCCACCGCACAGGGAGAGAAAGGAAUACUGUCUGUUUGUCGCGAGUAAGAAGUCGAAGUCUACGAUGAAGCUGCCAGAGGAGAAGUAUAUGGAAAAUUUGAAGAAGGCAUUGAGUACGGAGGAGCCUUCACAGUGGUAUAAGCCAGAAGCGUCAUCUCAAGAGACACGCGCCCUAGACAUACGAGCCCCUUCAUCGCGAUUUACAUAUGCACCUCUUUCCCCACGCACUGGGAAAUACAUGCGGUUGAUAAUUUAUGGCUACAUGCUACCGGAGGAAUUUCUAGACGCGUACGCCAUCGAACACAACAUGAGUCCCGUUGUCACCGAACGGGACAAGCUCAAUGCACACACCUCUGCAAUCUUGCGUAUCAAGACCAAAGCCGGAUUGUUUUGGAGAGGCACGAUUGCAAUUAUACACCCACCACAUAGGGAGAGGAACGAGUACCGCCUGUUUGUUGCGAGUAACGAGUCGGAGCUUGUGAUGAGGCUGCCGGAGGAAAAGUAUAUGGAAAAGCUGAAGAAGGCGUUGGGCAUGGAGGAUCCACCACAGUGGUAUAGACAAUCUGGUCAACAACCAGCUGCCACUACCCAGACUAUCGUCGCGGAGCUCAAAUUGGCGGCCCAAGCACUUGGACCGAAACUGUCAGAAAAUUCCGAACAAGAUGUACCAAAUAUAAUACAUACCGCAUACCUUCCUAGUCAAAACUAUCUCCAGCCAACUUUCCCUCGCUUUCCGAGAUCACAAAGGAGAGGGAUAGACAGCGAAGGCUGGUGGCUUUCCAAUUCCCAUGUGAAACAGCGUACUCGAGUGUCUCCUGUGGCGAGAAAUAUCAGAUCAAGAGUCGACAUCACAAGGACAUUUGGUACAGGCGAAUCCACGACCAAUCCGAGUAUGUCGAUGGAUAAGCAAGAAUUGAGAGCCGCUCCAAGGUUCUGGCGGACCCUAUUCGACAGCAGGAUCAACGAAGAUCAUAUGGAGGCAAAAAGAGAGGGAAGAUCGGCGAAGCCAUUCUCUGAGUUUCGGAAAGAGCACCAGCACUCUCACAUCAAUAGUGAGACGUUUGAGUCCAAGGCAAGUAUCAAGAACCUCACAAAGGGUAUUUUCGCAGUCGGAAGGGAGAGAGGGUUCGCGAUCAGAGAGGGAAUAGCCUAG